AUCAUGUGAUACACAGUCUGUCACACUCUAUUACUAUAAUUUAUCUAUUUUGUAAUUAUUUUCAGUCAUUUUUUUUUAUUUUUCAAGUUUCAUCAGGAAGUGAUGGUAGUAGUAGUAGCAGCAGCAAGUUCUGAUUUUUGUUGUCAGUUAUUGUUUUGAUUGUUGAAGUUGUUGCUAAUUUAAUUUGGUUGUUACCAACCAUAUCAUUCUGUUACUCCUUGCCUUAGUUUAAUUUUCACUUUAAAGGUUAAGUGUUUUUCUCUUUCUAUUUCAUCUUCAACUUAGUUGUCAUGGCUACUCAGACAGUACCUACCGAAGCUCAUCAGCCAGUUGAAGAGAAGGUGGAUGAAGAGAUCCCCAAAGUGGCAGAGAAAGAGACUCUCAGUCCAGGAGAGAAAGGGGCUGAGUCUCAGCAGAUUGAGCCUGCUGCAGUUCAGGUUUCAAAAGAAUCCAUUUCUGAUGCUGGUAAGAGCAAGACAGAGCAAUCUGAAGAGGAACCAAAGAUUGUUGAACAAUUGAAAGAAGUUGAAGAAACAUUAGAGGUGAAAUCUGAGGAGGAAACUGAAAAAGUAGUUCCCGAAGUUGAGGUGAAACUGGAGGGACAAUCUGAAAAAGUAGCAGAGAAGGGUGAGAUUCUGUCCAAGGAGGUUGAUAAACUGGAUUUUGUAGCACCUGAAUUUGAGGCAAAAUUAGAGGGGCAAUCUGAACAAGUAACUGAAAAGAUUGAUAAACUGGAUAUGGUUGCUGCUGAAGUUGAAGCCAAAUUAGGGGGACAAACUGAAGUGGCCAAAAAGGUUGAGGCUGUCUCCAGAGAGGGCAAAAAACUGGUUUUGGUAGUACCCGAAUUUGACACAAAACAAGAGACACCAACAGAUGUUAAACCUAAGGUGAAAGAUGAAGAGACCUUGGCUGAUAAGGUUGAUCAACUGGAUACGGUUGCUGCUGAAGUUGAAGAAAAGUUAGGACAAUCUGAAGUGACUGAAAAGGUUGAAACUGUCUCCGAAGAGGGCAAAAAACUGGUGUCAGUGGUUCCCGAAGUUGACACAAAAGAAGCGACCCCAACUGAAGCUGAACCUAAGGUGAAGGAUGAAGAGACCUCGGCUGAUAAGGUUGAUAAACUGGAUACAGUUGCUGCUGAAGUUGAAGCAAAAUUAGGAGGACAAUCUGAAGGGACUGAAAAAGUUGAGACUGUCUCCAAAGAGGGUGAAAAACCAGUUUCUGUGGUACCAGAAGUUGACACAAAACAAGAGACGCCAACUGAAGUUGAACCUAAGGUGAAAGAUAAAGAGAGCUUGGCUGAUAAGAUUGAGGAAAAUAUUAGAAAAGAAGAAACAAGUGUGUGCAUAAGUUCAGAACAAGCUGUCUCAACAAAUCAGGAACCUGAAAAUGCUAAGGAAAAAGAUGUAGUUGAAUCUUCUCUUCCUGAUGUCACAGAAAGGAAGGAAUCAACUGCAGCCAGCUCAGUUGAAAGUUUGUCCAAAGACCCUGUGGUUGAGGAAUCAGCUCAGCCUAUUGGAGAGGAGGUUGUCACAGGAGAAGACAAAGAUGCUGCGGUAGAGAAAAAUGGGAGUGAAGAAAUUGCAAAAGAUGAGAAACCAGCUAUAGUUGAAACAAACAAAGAUGGGACAACAGAAGAAAAGCUGGAUGACGUUAAAGAGCCUCCAAAAACUGAUUUGGAAGUGAAGGAAAGGAAGGUCUCCAAGGAUGGUGAUGACACAAAAACAUCCCAAGACCUUCCAAAAGAAGCUCCUGUCAAGCCUACUCAAAAGCAAUCAAACAACCUUAUAUCAAAGGUGAAACAGUCACUUUUGAAGGCAAAGAAAGCUAUCACUAGAAAAUCUCCAACUUCAAAAACCAAAGAUGAUAUUAAAUCCAAAUAAGGCACUCCACUAGAGGAGCUCUGCAUAUAUGUAUUAUUCUACACUGUUGUCAAUGUGUUUUGUCCAGUUCGUUGGUUGGUUCCCUCUCUGUACACAGAAGCUAUAGGUAUUACUGCUAAAUUUCAUAUAAAUUAUUAAAAAAAAAUGUAUUUUCUUUUACCCUAAUCUUUUCUGAUGUAUAAAUAGUAUGUGUGUUAGGGGUUCAGAUGCAAGUAUUAUCAAAGAAAAAGAAUUUGUCAGUUUCUAAGAUUAAUAAUAGAUGUUUGUUAUAGUUUGGUGAUUA